UAAAAUAAUACUCUAAAAAAAUCUAUAAAAAUUGAAAAACACUUUGUAAAAUGUUAACACUAAGGUUUUAACCGGUUUAACGAAAUCUUCUAUAAAGAUCCUUGAAAAAAGAAAAUCUGUAACGGAAAUUGAAAUGAAUAUUAAAGAAUUUUACCAAUUUCAUUUGGUCCAUACAAUUUUAGUUGUCGUAUCGUUGAUGGCAACAGGAAUGCUUGCACAACAGCCAAGACGUGAUGCUGAUUGGCCACCAUCAUCUAUUUUAAAGAUGGCAAAACCAUUUCAUGAUAUUUGCGUAGAAAAAACCGGUGUAACUGAAGAAGCCAUCAAGGAAUUUAGUGAUGGAGAAAUUCAUGAAGAUGAAGCUUUAAAAUGUUAUAUGAAUUGUUUAUUCCAUGAAAUUGAUGUGGUUGACGAAAAUGGCGAUGUACAUUUGGAGACAUUAUUUAAUACAAUGCCUAAUACUGUAAGAGAUUUGGUUAUAAAAGCUUCUGAGAAUUGUGUACAUCCAGAGGGUGAUACUUUAUGCCACAAGGCUUGGUGGUUCCAUCAAUGUUGGAAAAAAGCAGAUCCAGUGCACUAUUUCUUGCCCUAAGAUGAAGGACUAUGAUUUCAAUUUUAGGUGAUGAUUUCUGAACGCAAUUUGUUAAAUUUUAGAUUUAAGUCAUUUAUAUUAUAAUUUGUGUCUUUUUUUCGAGCAAUAUAAAAAAAACUAUAAAAAAUUUCUUUACUGAAAUUAGUUACACAGAUGGGAAAUAUAUUUUGUCAAUGGUGCAACA